AGGGCGAGACGGAUAGAGAGAAAGAGAAACGCACGGCACCCGCCCUCUUCCCGGAAUUUCUUCUUUUAUUAUCGAUCGCCGGGCUAGGCGGACCAACAUUCCAAUCCCCAAUUCACCGCAAAUUCGGAUCCCCUCCCUCCACAGGCCAGAUUCUCCCAUCCCGGAUCGAUCGACAAACGCGGGGUGGUCCGCUGCCGGAUCGGUCAACCUUUCCGCCCGCCCCUUUUCCGGAGCUGAUGCGCACCGCCGUCGCAAUCUCUGCCUGAGGCCGGUGAGGUCUCUGCCCCCUCGUCGUCGUCGUCGGAGGCCAUGGCGUGCAGGGGCUUCUUCGAAUGCAUCCUCAAGCUGCUCAACUUCGUCGUCAUGGUGGUCGGGAUGGCCGUCACGGGCUACGGCGUCUACCUGCUCGUCAUGUGGCUCCAGCUGCUCACUCCGUCGCCGGAGCCGGAGCCGGCGCCGGCGCCGUCGGUGGCUCCUAGCGGCGACCUCGUGCGGCUUGGGCGGCCGAUGCUUCUUCUCCUUCUUGAUGCGUCUCUGCCAGACGGGACAGCGGAGAGACUCUCCAGCGCCUGGUUUAUUUUUGCGUUAAUUGGCAUCGGCGUUGUACUCUUCAUUACCUCCAUCUUCGGUUGUGCUGGAGCGUCAUCUAGGAGCGGAUGCUGCUUAUCCACUUAUUCAUUCCUCAUCAUUUUGUUCAUAAUAGUAGAGCUUGCUGCAGGAUGCUUCAUUUUCUUCGAUCAUAACUGGAAACAUGUGAUUCCAGUUGAUAAAACUGGUAACUUUGACAUGAUCUACAGUUUCCUCAAAGAAAAUUGGAAAAUUGCAAAAUGGGUUGCACUUGGAGCUGUUGUGUUUGAGGCACUGUUGUUCACUGUAGCCCUCAUAGUGCAGUCAGGCAAUCAAGAUGAUUAUGACAGUGAUGAUGAGUACAUUGGUGCGAGGUCUGGAGUCCGUCAGCCAUUGGUGAAUACUGAUCCUAGGGUGCCCAAUCUUGACUACCGUCCGAUCAGGAACGAUGCGUGGAGCCAAAGAAUGAGAGACAAGUAUGGGGUGGAUAGCUUUGAUCCAAACAGGUUUCAACAGGCCACGAUAUCUCCCGCAGAACAAAGAAGUCGAUGCACAAUCCUCUGAUGCCUGGUUGAGACAAAAAUACUGGUCUCCCAAUUUGCAUCCAGCUGUGCAAUAACAUGGGCUCCCUUGUAAACAUGUGGCUGGUGGUCUAAUGUUUCCAGCUUGUGCAGGAUGUGACGACCCCUUGCAUUUGCCCACCCCAGUUUUUUCAUUUACAGUCAGAAGUCUGUCAGCAGGUGUAGAUGCCGCGUCCUUCAGUUCUGUAAUAAUCGAACUUAGUUUUGGUCUCAGAGAACACGGUCUAUUAUGUACAUGCCCUAUGGAACUUCUGUUUGUGAACUUGUUUGCAUUGGGCAAUGUAGCGUGUUUGAUCCCUGUCAA